GUCACAGGUCAGCGGGGCCUAGCGCGGGGCUGAGGGGCCUGGUGCGGGAGCCGGCGGGUUGCCAUGGCGAUGCGGUGCCGGUGACACUUGAGGAUGUCGCUCUCGACUUCUCCCCGGAGUGGGUGGAGCUGGCGGCCUGGCAGCAGGACCUCUACUGGGAUGUGAUGAGGGAGAACCACACGUUGGUGGCCUCGCUGGGCUACCCAGCUCUUGAACCUGCCCUCUUCUCCCACGCUGAACGGGGGGAAGAGCCGGGCGCUGGGGAGCAACUGGACCCUGCUGGCGCAGAUAUCCCGUGGGACCCCUGCACAGCCUACAGAUUGUUCAAGCCCAGCGAUUUCUUUGGCACUGAACCAUUGGGAGAGCCUUAUGCUGAGAAUCAGCGGGGUCUGGAGGACAGCAAGAUCCCCAAAAGCUCCUGCAUGGCUAAGCCCGAGCAUGUGAGCCGAGUCCAGCAGGAGGAGAAGAACCCUGAGGGCCCUCCCCCCCUGGGGCUGUACCCCAGGGUCUUUGACGUGUCCAGCGGCUGGUGUCACGAUGGGCGGACUGGAUUCGAAAGCCAGCCGAGGGCUGAAGUGGAGGAGCCUGCUGGUGUGGGCAAGCCCUCAGCCACAGCCACCUGCCCAGCACACCAGCUUGGAGCCGGCCCGUUCCGCUGCCCCGACUGUGGCAAGGGCUUCCGGCAGAAGCAGAGCCUGGUGACGCACCGGCGCAUCCAUACUGGAGAGAAGCCGUACCGCUGCGAGGCCUGCGGCAAGAGUUUCAGCCAGAAGCCCAACCUGCUCACCCAUCGGCGCGUGCACACGGGCGAGCGCCCCUUCCCUUGCUCCCAGUGUGGCAAGCGCUUCAGCCAGAAGGCCAACCUUGCUGCCCACCAGCGCACCCACGGGGCGCCGAGGCCCCGACCAGGCCCCGGUCGCGAAGGGGGCACAGCCGCCAAGUCAGCGGGCCUCAUGCCAUCGCGCCCCACUGUAGAGCAGCGGCCCUUUGCGUGCCCUGAGUGUGGAAAGAGCUUCACACAGAAGCCCAAUCUCAUCACACACCGGCGCAUCCACACCGGGGAGAAGCCGUUCGUCUGCUCUCUUUGCGGGAAGAGUUUCAAUCAGAAGACCAACCUGGUGACCCACUACCGCACCCACACUGGCGAGCGCCCCUAUGCCUGCCCGCAGUGUGGCAAGCGCUUCACCCAGAAGACCAACCUGGUGACGCACCAGAGCACGCACACGGAUGCCCGCCCAUACGCCUGCGCCCAAUGCCACAAGUGCUUCAAGGAUCGCGUGUCCCUGCGAGCCCACCAGAAGACACACCGCCCACCCGCCCCGGGGAGCCCGGGGCCUCUUGCACCCUGUGGCACUGCGCCUGGGGCCUUUCACCCAGCAGAUGCUGAGCCAGAGGCCAAAUUCGAUCCUGAGCAGCCCGUACCCGCACCGAAGAUCCCUGGAAGCCAGGAGUUGUAUGCGUGCCCUGAUGCUGGGAGAGGCUUCCCUGCAAAGCAGCAGCUCCUGAUGCAUCAGCAUGGGCCCCCAGGGGAGCAGCUUUUCCCCUGUGCACUGUGUGGGGAAAGCUUCUGCCAAAAAGUGGCUUUCCUGGGUGGCCAGACCAGCCAUGUUGGGGAGAGACCCCCCGCAUGUGCCAGUGGCUUUGACCAGGCUCUCCCCAGAACCCAGCUGGGCCCUGGCACCGUGGUACCCCCAGCCGAAGGGGCCUUGAAGCCCUUCAUAUGCAACCACUGUGGGAAGAGCUUCAGCUUGUGGGUGGAUCUCGUGGCUCAUCAAGGCAGCCACGCAGAGCCAGAGACGUGUACAGAACGUGGGGAGAGCCCGGGGCAGGCGCUCCCUGGAGUGGCCGAGCAGGUGGCACAUGUUGGGGAAGGGGCCUGGCCGUGCCCAGAGUGCGGGAGGAACUUCAGCCAGCAGGACCAUCUGGCCGAGCACCGUGAAAGCCACCGAGGUAGCCGGCCCUUCCCGUGUGAGGCUUGUGGGAAGAGUUUCAGCCUGAAGACCAACCUGCUGACGCACCAGCGCAUCCACACCGGCGAGCGACCCUUUCCCUGCGGUGUCUGCGGGCGCCGCUUCAACCAGAAAGGCAACCUGGUGACCCACUACCGCACCCACACCGGCGAGCGCCCCUACGCCUGCCUGCAGUGCGGCCGGCGCUUCCGCCAGAAGCCCAACUUGCUCAGCCAUCAGAAGACGCACGUGAGCGGCCGGCAGCCCCUGCCCUGCCCUGAGUGCCCCCGGUGCCUGGCUGGCCCGUUGGCCCUGCGCGCACACCAGCGGGUCCAUGCCGCCAGCCCAGCCCCUUGCCUCAAAGCCCGCCUGCGCAAGCGGUUGCAUGCCUGCCCACUGUGUCCGGAGAGCUUCAAGGACCCCACAGCCCUGGAGCUGCACCAGCGCGACCACGGUGGCGAGCGCCCGUUCACCUGCCCGCAGUGUGGGAAGGGCUUCCGGCAGAAGGUGACCCUGGUGACGCACCAGCGCACGCACACGGGCGAGAGGCCCUACCGCUGCCCCGACUGCGACAAGGCCUUCACCCAGAAGGCCAACCUCCUCGCCCACCAGCGCACCCACACUGGCGAACGCCCCUACCGCUGCCCAGACUGCGGCAAGGCCUUCAGCUGGAAGCCCAACCUGCUCACACACCAGCGCACCCACACUGGCGAGCGUCCCUACCGCUGCCCGGACUGCGGCAAGGCCUUCAGCCAGAAGCCCAACCUGCUCACGCACAGCCGCACGCACUCGCGCAAGGAAAUGCCCCCUGGUGCUGAGGACCGUCCUGUUGGAGAUGCCUUCACUGGGCAGCCCAGCGGCGAAGGGCCUUUUGCAUUCGUUGGGCCUUUCCUGCAGGCCAAAUGCCCCAGCGUGCCUCCAGCCCCUUGCCUCGGGGCAGCCGUUCACGUGCCAGCGGGGCAGGGAGAGAUCCGGCGGGAAGCCCAAACCUGUUACAAGCCGGAGAGCCCGUGCGUGGGGGCAGCCGCACAUCUGCAGCCGGUGCAGGGGGAGAGUCGUGGCGGCUGGUUUGCACCGCCCCGGGGAGGCCCGCACCAGGUCGUGGCCCUGUAAGGCCUGGGCUGUGACGACAGCUUGAAGCCCACCACAGCAAGGCACCCGAGGACCCCAGCUGGGAGCAGCGGCGUUGCUGGAGAAGCUGAAACCCUGGAAGCAACAGGAGCGCGACCGUGGAGCGAAGGCUGGUGGGGCUGGCACCGAGUGCAUAGUGCAGCCCGAAGACCGCCCGCCUCUGCUCCAGCCGCCUUGCCUGCGCUGCAGACAGCUCUGAGCCUUGCCAGUCGUUGCACGAAAGGCACCAGAGUCGAACCGGGCAACGUCUGCAGUCAGGAGCCUGCAGGAGCACCAUACAGGGGCCGGCAGCACAGGAUGCAGAGAAGGCUCCAAGGGCGGGAAUUCGUGGUGUCCACGCAGGCUGCGGUGACGGGGAGCUAAGAGGAUCUUGGGCAUUGGGGGGUGCUGCUCAGAACGGAGAUCCUGUGGGUGGGCGGUGACUAAUGGCAGCAUCAGUCGUGAGACGGCUGGAAGCUGAGGGGAGCUCCCUGUGAAGGAGCACAGUGACCUUCCCACAGGCCCCUUCUCAUUUCGAACCCGCCCCGCUGUGAAAGGGGAUAAAACUGACGGGUUGGUAGGGAGACCCCGGACUCGCCAACACGGCACGCUUCUGUAUGGUGCCUGGAUGCAGAGACGGGACAGUGUCUGUGGCUCUUGGGAGACCAAGCCUGGAUGGAGACGGCACAGUCCAUUGGGUCCCGGGUGCAGCCACUGACCUCCCUGGUGUGUGUGGAGGGGAGAUGGCCCCGGGGAAACCUGUUUCCCACCCUGUAGUGCUCCACGUUGAAGCAGUGCCUGGGUCUGGGGCAGAGGGAUGGCUGAGGAGAGCUGUGCCCUCAGAUUGCACGUGUGGUGCCAGCUGCAGAGGCAUCCAGGAGCUGAGUGCACUCCAGCUGUCCCCCUCCAUGUCUUGUCUUCAGGCCUUGGGUGCUUUUCAGCCCGUGACUGGACUCAGCACGGGGGGGACGGGCUCUCAGCCUGAGCAUUCAGGCAGUCUCUGCUGGGCCGUAGGCGCUCAGUCUCUGAACAGCCCUAGGAGACGCAGGGAGGCAGCACUUUUAUCCCGGCCUUGUCGCUCCAAAGUGCACUUCAUUACACGUGGGGCGAAUGGGAGCAUCGAUGCACUUAACGUCGCCCAAAGAGAAGGCUCUGCCUUUGGGUCUCGGCACCAGCCGGGCACUCCCCGCGAAGGUGGGUGCCCCUCCAGCAUGAAGCAUUAGGAGCAGCUCCCUGGCAGAGAGGCUUUAUCCGUUCCUGUUUUUAAAUAGGCACUUGCCCCGCCUGGGCAAAGGAGGCUGAGGGAGCAAUGCACACACAGCUGCUUUUUGCUGGUUGUGCGUUUCCUCUUUUACUGUCAGCCCAGUUUCUUUGGGCCAGGCCCUGCUGACCGCCUCCAGCACAGCAAUCAUCAGCCGGAGAGCUAAGGCACCCGGGAGAUCCUUGUAGCAGCACUGUUAGCGUGUCAGCGAUUGCACACCUUGCCAGCUACACCCCGAGCUUUCAACUACAAAUCCAGUGUCAAAGCUGUCCUGCCCUGCUGUGGUCUGCCUGGCAUCCUGUGACCGUAGAAUCGCGCUAGUCUCUUUCCGUAACCGGCAACGGAGGAAGAGCUGAGAGCUGGCACUUCCCACGGGGUGCCUGGAGAACCGCUGCUGUGGUGCGGUGCAGCCCUGGACAUCGAGCAGGACCCCAGGGUGCUACGGUGAUUCAAAAAGUCAUCGCAAGGCCUGGUGCUGGGCGCAGUUCAAGCUUCCCUGUGGGUGCAAAGGCCAGCUGGGGAGAAGGAAGACGGCAUGCAGGAGCUGGUGAACUGACACGGGCCCUGUCCCACCUGGUGGGUGCCCCUUUGUUCCCUCCCCAAACUGUCAGUGCACGUGUCCCAAAGCUUUGGCUGGGAUGAUGUAGUUGGGGCUGGUCCUGCUCUGAGCAGGGGGUUGUGGACUAGAUGCGACUUCCCAAGGUCCCUUCCAACACUACAUUUCUAUGAUUCAAUGUGUGGCUCGUGCCCCAUGGACAGUGCGCUGGCAGCAUCAUCCCUGCUACCCCCGAGCCGGGCUUCACGCAGCUUUCGGGUCCAGUUCCUGCAAUUCUAUUUUUUUUUGGAGUUGAUAUAAAAUAAAAGCUUUCUGAUGGCA